CAUAGAAGUAUCCUAAGCUCCAGCGUCAUAGAAGUUUGAGUGUGAAAGGUGGGGCGCCAUGGUUUCGCUUUAUCCACUAGUGUGUCCUUUGUCGGUGUCCUCUUCAUCCUCCGGUUUUCUCAGAUGCUCCCUUUGGCCUCGUCACUUCCUCUCCCCGAAACGAAGUAGCAGCUUCAUAGCAGAGCGCUCUUCUUUCGUCUGCAAUGCUUCGUGGCAAGAGCUCGCUGGAGUUUUACUAUUCUCAGCGAUUCCUUUUACUGCCGUCAAAGCUAUAGCUAAUAGUCCCAUAGGUGAGUCGCUGCAGAGGAAAAUGGAGGAGAGAAAGAAAUUUUCUGUAGAAAACUCGUCUAAAUUCAAGGCCUUAGCCGAGGAGGCCCGAAAGGAGAGCUUUUGGUAUGGAGAAGAUCGACCUCGUUGGCUUGGUCCUAUUUCAUAUGAAUACCCAUCAUAUCUUACUGGUGAACUUCCUGGGGAUUACGGCUUUGACAUCACCGGGCUUGGCAAGGAUCCUGUGGUACUGCAGAAAUACUUCAACUUUGAGAUAUUGCAUGCUCGGUGGGCCAUGCUUGCAUCUGUCGGUGCUCUUAUUCCUGAAAUAUUAGACCUAUUGGGAGCCUUUCACUUUGUAGAACCUGUGUGGUGGCGUGUUGGUUAUUCAAAGCUCAAGGGAGAUACUCUAGAUUACCUUGGCAUCCCAGGUCUUCACUUUGCUGGAAGUCAGGGAGUGGUCGUGAUUGCUAUUUGCCAAGCACUCCUUAUGGUUGGACCGGAAUACGCCAGAUAUUGUGGGACUGAGGCAUUGGAGCCUCUAGGAAUAUAUCUGCCUGGUGAUAUAAAUUAUCCUGGAGGAGCUUUGUUUGAUCCCUUGAGUCUGUCCAACGAUCCUGAAGCUUUUGAAGAGCUGAAGGUAAAAGAAAUAAAAAAUGGACGCUUGGCAAUGGUUGCCUGGUUAGGCUUUUACUUGCAAGCAGCAGUGACGGGUAAAGGUCCUGUACAGAACCUUAUUGAUCACAUCUCCGAUCCUUUCCACAACAACUUGCUGGACUCCCUCAACUUCAUGAAGGUAGUCAACUGAUAUCAGAAAGGAAUUUACAGUCAUUCGGUUACUCCUUUUUAAGGGAAUUAUAGUCAGAAUGGUAUAGUCAUGUACCCUCCGCAUACAAUAGUCAAAUCUCUGUAUAAAAUAAAUUAUUUUUAAUUUUUUGCUGGUUAAUAUUCAGUUUUGGACAUAAUACA